AUGGUUGUGAAAGUGCCAGUUAUAGUGGUGGGUUGUAAGCUUGAUUUAAGAGAUAGAGCCAUCAGAAACACAAGCUUUGAAGCCCCGUGUGUGAGAGCCUUGAAGCGUAUCUUUAUUCUUUGUGAUCAUGACAGGGAUGGUUCUCUUAGUGAUGCAGAGCUGAAUGAUUUUCAGGUCAAAUGUUUCAAUUCUCCAUUACAACCUUCUGAAAUAGUAGGUGUUAAGAGGGUUGUGCAAGAAAAAUUGCGAGAAGGAGUCAAUGAUCGUGGUCUUACACUGGCGGGGUUUCUUUUCCUUCAUGCACUAUUUAUUGAAAAAGGACGCCUUGAGACAACAUGGACUGUCCUUAGGAAAUUUGGAUAUAAUAAUGAUAUUAAACUUGCGGAUGAAUUGAUUCCACAUUCAUCAUUCAAACGAGCACCUGAUCAGAGCGUGGAGCUGACUAAUGAAGCUGUUGACUUUUUGAAGGGAAUCUUCGAACUUUUUGACUCUGAUAGUGACAAUACCCUGCGGCCAACUGAAGUCGAUGAUCUGUUCUCUACAGCACCCGAAUGUCCUUGGGAUGAAGCACCAUAUAAGGAUGCUGCAGAGAUAACUGCACUGGGAGGACUAUCACUCGAUGGGUUUUUUUCACAGUGGGCAUUUAUGACACUUUUAGACCCAGCUUCUACUGUGGAAAAUCUGAUAUACAUUGGAUAUACUGGUGAUCCUUCUUCUGCUGUCCGUGUGACAAGGAGAAGACGUAUAGAUCGUAAAAAACAACUAUCAGAAAGAAAUGUUUUCCAGUGUUUUGUUUUUGGGCCAAAGAAUGCUGGAAAGUCCGGAACUAGAAAAAUCCUUGUGUUGCGAGAAAUUCCUGAGGAUGGAGUUGGAAAACUACUCUCUAAUAAAGAUUCUUUGGCUGCCUGUGAUGUAGCAGUUUUUGUUCACGACAGUUCUGAUGAGUCCUCAUGGAAAAAAGCAACUGAGUUACUUGUAGAUGUUGCCACUCAUGGUGAGGAUACUGGCUAUGAGGUGCCUUGCCUCAUUGUUGCUGCUAAAGAUGAUCUGGAUUCAUUUCCAACCGCAAUACAAGAUUCUACCAGGGUUAGUCAGGAUAUGGGAAUAGAAGCUCCUAUUCCAAUUAGCUCAAAGUUGGGUGAUUUCAAUGAUAUAUUCCGGAGGAUUGUAGUUGCAGCAGAGCAUCCGCACUUGAGCAUUCCAGAAACUGAAGCUGGGAGAACCCGGAAGCAAUAUCAUCGACUCAUUAAUCGCUCGCUUAUGUUUGUUUCAGUUGGAGCUGCAGUGGCCAUUGUUGGACUGGCAGCUUACCGUGUCUAUGCAGCAAGGAAAAACACCUCUGGUUGAAGGAUAAACGAACGAAUAUUCGCUAUUCACUGGCCGAGUCUUCUUUUUGAUAACUUUCUCAGGUUCAUUGAAAUGGCUCAUCUGAUUUAAUUUCAAAUGCAAUGUCAUUAAUUUAUCCUUUGUAUCCUUGAAGUAUUUUAUUUAGGUGAGCUAGUUUGGAUGGAAUAGUUCUAGUAGUAGAAAUAU